AUGGAGUCUUUCACCUCUGAUCCUCAAUCCAAGUUCCUCAAGCUGAUCGCUUUUGCAAUCCUUGAGCAAGAAAGCCAAGGAAAGACGCAAUCGCAGGCUGAGGUGUGUAAGAAGGAAAUGGUAUGUUCAGGGACCAGGUACACGGUUUUAUGGUACAUCGGUACCUGGGUGGUAUCUAGGUACAAGGAGCAAAUGGGAGAGCUCAUGCCCGAGGUUGUCCAGACUCCAGUCCCAGAUGCGCUUGGCGGGCGGAGUGUUCUGGCGGCUGUGAGGGAGGGAUGA